AUGAAUCUACCAAAAUGUAUACCCCACUUAAUUGUGUCGUAUAAACAAAAAUGUAACACUGUUUGUCAUCUAAUGACCACUUCCUUAUUAUUAUUAUCACCAUCACCGUUAUCAACGAAGUCUGAUGAAAUAAACAAACCAAAUGGUUAUAAAAUACUGAUGAAAUCAUCAUCAGUUCGAUUACGAUUAGAUAAUCUACCAACACAUGUGCAACAAUAUUUUAAUCUUACUCCUUCUGAUAAACCAUCUGAAUUUAUUACUGUAUUGUCAAGUGAUGUACAAAAACUGAUUAGGAAGACUCAUUGUUCAGUCAACUUUAUUAGUGAUAAUUUACAACCUCCGUUACUUCAACUGAUUUCCAAAGAUGAUACAUCAAAUUUCAACAAAUCAUUACGUAAAUAUGGGAUUAAUUUGCAGGGGAAAAGUCGAGUAAAAGUGAUUGAAUUUAAUUCUACUAUAGACGAUACUAUGUUUAGAGUCCGAAUGAAACAGGCAGAAGAUUUUUUGCAAGCAGAUCAUUUUGUAGUUAUAAUUAUUAAUUUGAAACAUCUAAAAAAAUUAUUGUCGAAAAAAAAAAUACAGUCUACGACUACGAAAGCGGAUGGUGGUGAACAGCAGUUGCGAAAUGUGGGGAAGGUGGAAUAUGAGAAAAAUGUUGCAAAGUACACUGAAAUAUUUGAAGGUAUACCUUAUUGUAAAGUACACAAUAUUAAUCGACCGAAUGUGUUAAAUAUUGUUAUGACUUUAGAACGUAUAAAAAUAAACUAG